CAGUUAUUCAAAGCACAACUGCGAAAAAAUUAAAAAGUUAGUUAGACGCCAUGACAGGUCACGUGAUGUAAAUUUUCGUCAGACAUGCGCGAUAUCGCUGAAUUUUUCAAGUGAUUUUGAAAUGGUGAAGGAUUUGUCUCGCGACAAUACUGUUUAAAAUUAGUUAUAGUGAAUCCAUUUAAUCGUUUUUGGUGUUAAAUGACUUGUGUAUAACGAACUGUGCGAGUGAUCAGUUGAUUAGUGUUGGUCAAGGAAGUUUUUGUUUCCAAAGGUCGUAUCUAUACAUGGUAAUGAUACCUUAUAAUGAUAUUUUUGCGACGAAAUAGUUAUUCAGUGCUUUGUUUUACUGGCGAUCAAGAUAUUUCAGUUGACAAGUGAUGUGUGCAUAACUACAACUGCGAGUGUCGACCUAUACAGCUCGGUGAUGAGAUGAUAUUACUCGGCACGGACUGCACACUCCGCGCCGAUACACGCUAGUCACAGCACCUGGACAGGACCACACGAUGGCGCACUACCCACAGCCGGGCAGCCUGGAGGCGGCGCUCCCGCUGACCAGCCGGCCGGACCUGCGCCUCCGCCAGCAGCUGGGCGAGCAGCUGACCGCGCUGGUGCGCCGCGAGCCCGACAUCCCGCACGACCUCGCCGCACAUCUCGUCGACUCCAUGAUCGUGUGGCUCAACGGCGGGAACUUUAAGGUUGCUCAAAACGCAUUGGAGGUGCUGACCGCGCUUGCCGAGCGCAUGGGAACCGAGUUCACACACUUCGUGCCCACCGUGCUACCACACAUUAUAGACAGAUUAGCAGACACAAAGGAAGCAGUCCGGCACACGGCCCGAACGUGCGUGACGUCGUUAGCCGCGUACCGAGCAGUGAACUGCCGCGCGCUGCUCGCCCGCCUCGCGCCCGCACUGCAGCACAAGGCGCCGCACGCGCGGGAGGAGGCCCUGCGCUGCGUGCAGGCGCUACUGGAACAUCACGGCGCCACAGAGCUGCAGCUGCGCGCGGCGGUCCCGAACCUGGCCGCGCUGGUGGGGGACCCCAGCAGCGGGGUGCGGGACGCCGCCAUGCAGCUGCUCGUCGACGUCUACAGACAUGUUGGUGAAAGAUUAAGACAAGACUUAAGAAAGAAGGAACUGUUACCGCCGCAGAAGUUCGCCCUUCUCGAGCAGAAGUUCGACGAGGCGAGGGAGGCGGGACUCAUGCUGCCUACCGCAACAUCAGCGCCAACGACAGACGAGCCGGACUUCGUAGCCCGCACUGUGAAGCGAACCAUGACCAUCCCCACGUCAGCGCGAUCCCGGGACGGCGACAGUUCCGGGGCUUCCACGCCAGCCUGUGACGCGCCCAAGAGAACGAUAGCCGGCCUGUACAGCUUGCCAUCGGCGAAUAGGAAACCGCCGCCGCCGGCCAAGCUCACGAGCGCAGGGAGUGUAUCGAGUGGCAUGGGCGCAGGCGGCGAGGCGGGCGCGGUGUCGUGCGAGGCGUUCGAGGCGGCGUUCGCGAGCGCCGCGCCCGCCGCCGUGUACGGGCCGCGCGGCCUCGACGACCUGUGUCGCCACGCCGCCGCGCUGCUGGGCGACCGCGCCGCCGACUGGGAGAAGCGGGUCGACGCGCUAAAGAAGAUUCGCUCCCUGCUCACGGCGAACGCUCACCAGCAGUACCCGAGCGAGUUCGCCGCGCAUCUCAAAGACCUGUCCGUGCCUUUCCUCGUCGUCAUCAAGGAUCUGAGGAGUCAGGUUGUCCGCGAGGCCUGCAUCACAAUCGCCCACAUGGCCAAGGUCCUCCGCAACAAGAUCGACCAGUUCAGUCUCUACAUCAUGCAGGAACUCAUCAACCUUAUACAGAACGCCGCCAAGGUUGUAUCAUCAGCGGGCACGGUGUGCGUCCGCUACAUAGUCUCGUACGUGCACUCGCCGCGGCUGCUGCCCGUCAUCGUCACCAACCUCACCACCAACAAGUCCAAGGAGAUCCGCUCCACGCUCAGCGAGGUCCUCGUCCUGAUGCUGGAGAAGUGGCCCGCGCAGACGAUAGAGAAGCAGCAGGCGUCCGUCCGGGACGCGAUACGCCGGGCGUGUGUGGACGCUGACAGUACGUGCAGGACGUUCGGCAGGAGAGCGUACGCGGCCUACAAGCGUCACUUCCCCGAGGACGCGGAGCUGCUGUUCGCGCGCCUGGACGCGGCCGCGCAGAAGCAGAUCGAGCGCGAGCGCAGCGUCGGCAGCGUGGACAGUCUGCAUCAUGUGGGGACCGAAAGGAGAACGAUCACAAGUCCAAGAAGUCCUUCAACCAGUGUGUCAGAUCGUUCCCCGGGCGGCGUGUCGGCCCGCUCCGUGUCCGCGCUGGACGCGGCGGCGGCGCAGCGCGCGCGGGCGAGGGCGCUCUACUCGCACAUGAGCCGGAACAAGAUACCGCCCACCGCCAGCCUGCCCCGCGCUAAACGUUCCCCGGUUAGUGCGAGCGGUGUCCCGCCUAGCCCAGAACGGUCGGUCGGACGCUCCCGCUCCCGGCCCGGCGUGUCGCAAUCACAACCCACGUCCCGGUCGUCGUCCCCGUCGUCCCGCAGCAGCGGGCCGCUGUCGCUGGCGAGCGCGCGCCGCCGCCCCUCCGGGAUCCCGCGCUCGCUCGCCGGCUCCCGGGAGACCAGCCCCACCAGGAGCGGUCGCUCCAGCAGCGUGGUGAGCGCGGGCGUGCGCCGCCGCGAGUCCAUGGAGCGCACGGCGCCCAGCCGCGCGCCCGCCGCCACGCUGCGCCUGCUGCAGCAGACCAGGGACGCCGAGGCCCUGCUCAGGAGUCCAGAAGACAGUUCGACGUGCGAGGGCGGGCGCGGCCGCGACGACGACUCGGAGGCGUCCAGCGUCUGCUCUGAGCGGAGUCUCGACUCUUACAGGAGACACGAUAGUGUGUCCUGGUCGGGGUCCGGGUCCCGGCUGGGCUGGGAGGGCUCGCCGCCGCCGCCGCCGCCCGCCGACGACAUCAUCGCGCUCUGCGCCUGCACGCACUGGACAGAGCGCAAGGACGGACUCACACAUCUCGCGAACUACCUGAACAGCGGCCGCCUGCUGUCGGAGGAGCAGCUGCGGCGCCUGACGGAACUCCUCAACAAGAUGUUCGUGGACGCGCACACGAAGGUGUUCUCGCUGCUGCUGGACGCCGUCUGCGAGCUGCUGCUCGUGCACUGGCAGCAGCUCAAGGACUGGCUCUACCAGCUCAUGUUCAGGUUACUCAUGAAACUGGGCACGGACAUCCUCGGCUCAGUCCAGAGCAAGAUCAUGAAGACUCUCGACGUGAUACACGAGUGCUUCCCGGCUGAACUGCAGCUGCAUAACAUAUUUAGGUUCCUGGCGGACGGCGCCACGGCCCCGACGCCCAAGACCAAGGCGGCGGCGCUGCGCUUCCUGGCCGACCUCGCGCACGACUACUGCACGCCCAACAGCCUCGCGCUCGCACUGCACGGCGGCGCGUCAGGCGUGGCGGGUCGCGCGCUGGUGAAGGUGUCCGCGCUGGCGGCGGACCCGCGCGCGGCCGACGUGAGGGUCUGUGCCAGGAGGGCACUCGCCUCUCUAUAUGACUGCAAUCCUGUGCCUUUCACGGCGCUGAUGAGCGAGCUGCCGGCGGAGACUCAGGCGCUCGUCAACGGCGUCGUGCAGCAACACGUGCGCAGGACCAGCAGCACAGGCAGUGACAGUCCGCUCCGCUCCGCCAGCGGUGCGGCCGCUCCUGACGAUGUCUACUCCAGAAUACGGAAGACCACGUCAGAGAUACACACAUACACAGCGCAACAUGCUAACGCGGAGUGCGGUAACCACAUGUCUAGUAAAGACUCGGGUAUCAGCCAGAUGUCUGACGUCACGUUAUCCAAUAAGGGCCACAAUGGAGUGCCCAACGGACAUUAUAAUGCUGAGGCGUUGAACCGCGCAGCAUCAGCGGACAGUUCGGAGGAGGCCAACAGCACGAAGGAGUCCUCGCCAGUGCCCGCACACCAUCGCAUGGACUACGCCGCGCAUGGGGACUUCAACUCGAGCCAGCUCGGGCGCGACAAGAUACGACAGUACGAGACCGAUGAGAACGGAUACAUUAUCACCAAGUCUGGUCUCCGCGAGCCCGAGGUCCUGGAGGCGCUGUGCCAGCUGGACGUGUCGGGCGCGCCCGCCGAGCAGUGGGAGCGCCUGCUGCUGGCCACGCACGAGCUGCUCAAGUACGGGGACUGCCGCAAGCCCAAGGAGUACUUCAAGAAUAUAGUCCGCGUGGCGCUGGCCGCGUUAUCCAUAGACGAGACCUCCGGGGAUAAAGAAAACACGGAAAACGCCGGCAACGCGCAACAAACGUCCGGCUGGGGCUCAGCCCAAGAGCGGGCGGCAGCUGAGGCCGUGAAAGUGCUGGUGUGGCUGUGCAGGCGGCCGGAGACCAGGCCGCAGUGGCAGGACUACUUCGACCUGAUCCUGCUGAAGCUGAUCCACGCGUACGAGGGCCUCAACAAGGAGGUCAUGCGCGCCGUCGAGGCCGGCAUGCCGCACAUCGCGCACGCCCUGCCCGCGCAACAGGUCCUGGCGCUGCUGAAGCCAGUGAUCCGCACCCGCGGCUAUCCCACCUCGCUGUGCGCGCUCAAGCUGGCCGCAGAGGUCGCCAAGGCGAGGCCGCACGAACUCGCCGACGACCUCGUCGAGACGCUCAUGGAGGGCGUCGGACAGUUGGCUGACCACCAGAACAGCGCGGUCCGCAAGGCGGCCGUGUUCUGCAUGGUGGCCUUCACGUUCGCGCUCGGCGAGGAGCGCAUGCAGCCGCAUCUCAAGCAUCUGUCCGUCAGCAAGUACCGUCUGCUGCAGGUAUACAUCAGCAAGCAGCGCGAGGAGUGCGGGCGCGGCGGGGGCGCGGGCGGGGGCGCGGGGGGCGCGGCCGCCACGUAGCGCCGGCGCCCUCGCGCCCACACGCGCACUCGCGCCACGCAGACGCAGCUGUAGCAGGCACGGGGACCGGGCAAGGACACGGCGCAGAGCUUACGUACAGGUUGGUUUGCUACGACAAAUAUGCUAGACAGGUUUGCCUAAAAUUGUAGUCAAAUAUACAGUACGGAACGAUGUUUCUCAUAAACUAAAACUGAACAGUACAACAUUACUAAAAAUUGCAGUCAAAUAUACAGUGUUUAUCUUAAACCAUUGAACAGUGUUAAUUGAAGAGUCAGAAAUUGUGAUAUUACUAUCAAAUUGGUAUUUUAUCUAAGUGGAAUAUUUAGUUUUUGCUAUUUUCACUAAUAUUGUACUGUUAUAAAUUGUAAUUUUGUUAAAAGUAAUAUUUAUAUUAAAAAAAAAUGUCACCCACAAAACAAAUGUUAUAUUCAAGUACUGGUUUUUGCGUAUCUAAAACCACUGUAUUAUAUGUAUUACGAUACAAAGCUCUGCAAACGUAUAUCGUCCGUUGUCCUGUUAAUUUCAUUUUAUAUAACUCACUAGCUAAGUUGACAUAAAUCUAAAAAGAUUUUAAUGUUACAAAAUAUUACUUUAUAAAGAAACUAUUAUUUAAAUAUUACAAAU